GUUACUUGCUCGUGCUCUCGCCAGAGGCCACCGAGCACCACCUUGGGACAUCCUCCCGGUUUGGUCUUUUGGGGUACUCCCUGCCAGUCUCUUCUGACGGCGCUUGUGGCCCCCCUGCCUCUGGGUAUCUCCGCAGCCAUGGCCAUGUUCCAUCCCACAUGUAUUCAAGCCCGAGCUCACCAAUGUGCUUAUCGAGCGGGCUGCUUAGCUAUGACGUCAUGGGUGAUCUUCCCAGCUACUAUGGUCUCCGGCAGUGCUAUUGCUCUCUCAGCAACCAUCGGCGGCAACGCAUUCGCUUGCUGACUGCGCCUCUCAUCGCAUCCGGAUACAAGAUGCAAGGAUGAGGGGGAGAGCCCCGCCAAUACCCUUUCCUACCGAUAUGCAAAACACUACCACCACCACUACGAUGAGCGUCGAAUUCACCGUCUGCAAGGGCUCAAAGACCGACGGCAUCAUCCAAGCCACCAGCUCGCGACCUGCGCCGACCGGGAAACAAGUCCUAGCCGCAUCACACGCUCUGGCAUCUGCGGCACCGACGAGCACUAUAAGCACGCCGACAUGGCGCUAGGACACGAGGGCGAGGGUGUCGUCGCGCAGAUCGGAUCGGAUGUGUCGAGGUUGCGCGUGGACGGCGUCGUAGGAUAGGGCUACACCCACUAGACAUGCGGCAAAUGCGAGCAUCGCAUGCAGGGACAGGACCAGUACUGCACCGAGCACGAGAUGCACGGGACGCACAGCUUCGACCAGGGCUCGUUCGGCACGCACGCGGUCUGGGAGGAUCCGUUCCUGUUUGAGGUGCCAGCGGGGCUAGCACCGGAGCACCCUGCGCCCCUGAUGUGCGGCGGCGCGACUGUGUUCGAGAUCAUCGAGAGCUACAACAUCCGGCCCACGCAUCGUGUGCGUGUCGUCGGUCUCGGCGGUCUCGGCCACGUGGCGGCCACGUUCGCUGCCAUGAUGGGUGCAGAGGUCGUCGUCUUUUCGAGCUCGGACGCGAAGCGGGAGGAGGCAUUCGUCCUGGGCGCGUCGGAGUUCCACGCGACGCGGGGUGUGGGCUAGUUCGAGAACGUGCGGCUGCUAGACCACCUGAUCGAGGCGACGAACUUCAUUCCGUCGUGGACGCCUUACAUGGCGGUGAGGGAGCGCAAGGGCACGAUUUAGCCGCUACAGUCAGCAAGGACAACCUGCCGAUUCCCAGACUCCCCCUUAUCCUGGGCGGGAUCAACAUCCAGGGCUCGAGUGGGGCUGCUCGGUCUGUGCACCGGCGGAUGCUGGAAUUCGAGGAACCACAUUGAGCCGGUGAUCGAAAAGUUCCCGAUGACAAAGGUGGGGUUCGAGGCGGGCAUAUCCAGAUUGAGAGAUGGCCAGGUCCGAUACCGAGCUGUUCUUGUUGUUUGAACAGAAUGGAGCGCUAGACAUAGAACGUAGUGCACAGUAUAUUGUCAUAUUUGUCAAUAGGCAAU